AUGCCGAAUCAGCCCAACAUCAAGCACCUGGCAACAGUUCCUGCCCGCAAAACCUCCCUGGCCCACCAGUUCGUGGAGGGGAAGUUCGUGGAAUGCUACGAGCCCACGGUGGAGAGCACCUACAACAAGAUGGUGGUGGUGGGCAAGGAUGAGUUCCAGCUCCAACUGGUGGACACAGCCGGGCAGGAUGAGUACACCAUCCUGCCCCACUCCUUCGUCAUCGGCAUCCACGGCUACGUCCUGGUGUACUCGGUGACCUCCCUGCAGAGCUUCCAGGUGGUGAAGACCCUUCACAACAAGCUGUAUGAGAGCUGGGGGAAGACACGCAUGCCCGUGGUGCUGGUGGGGAACAAGGCGGACCUGUCCCUGCAGAGCCGGGAGGUGAAGACGGAUGAAGGGAAGAAGCUGGCGGAGUCGUGGGGGGCCAUCUUCCUCGAGACCUCGGCCAAGGAGAGCCAGGUGACCCAGGGGAUCUUCAUGAAGAUCAUCGAGGAGAUUGACCGGGUGGACAACUCCUACAGCAGAUCGACCGGCUGUUGCCUGAUGUGA